UAGGUCUGAGAAUUAAACGCGCUAUGAGUGGAAUUACCUGUGAAUUUCUACAAGAGAAGCUUCAGAAGGAGCUAAAUCCUAUACAUGUGGAAGUAGUUGACCUGUCAGAUGGGUGUGGAGGAAAGUUCUCAAUACUUAUUGUAUCUGACAAGUUUGAAGGGAAGCCUCUUCUAGCCCAGCAUCGAAUGGUGAAUAAUUGCUUAGCAGAGGAAUUGAAGACUAUUCAUGCACUGACCCUGAAAACAAUGAAACCAGCACAGUGGGAAAAACAGAAGGAAACUUAAUGCAUGGAUAUUGGAACAGUGGAGUCAAUUAGAAACUAUUAAUAGCCCCUGUGUGAAUAAAGAAGACCUGAGUUUGUUCUGUACAUCCAAAUGACAGUGUUGCACAUGUGGAACUAUCUAAAUAUUAGUCUUGGAAAGGAAAUAAUUUUUGUUCUUCUGAUGUAUUUGUAAAAAAAUAUUAAUUUAGGUACUUGUAAUAAUUUAAAGUGGGUUCUCUAAAUGAGCUGCAUUUCUUAGCUGCAAAAUCAAUUCACUGUUCUUUGAAUAUUCACUUCUUACAAGUUCAGAAAUUUGUUGAUUUGACCAAUAUGAAACAAUUUUGAAGGAUAAAAAGAUUUUCUACCCAUGAAUUAUCUACCUUUCUUCAUAUCAAACUUAUUUGGUUGGAGACAACAACCCUUCUUGAAAAGCACAAUCCUUGCAAUUGAAAAUUUGUUACACUUUAAACUCACUCCAGCCAUACUGAACUUUGAAUAUCUGGAAAAGCAGAUACAAAAUCUUGAUUACAAUGAUACCUGGUAUUAAAAGAUUAUUAAGGGAUUACCUUUUUUCUCCCAAACUAUUCAGAGUUGAGAAGUAAAUAAUGAUAAUAGAGUUGAGUGGAGUCCAAUUUGGUCUGUAAUCAUGUGAGUGAUGAACAAAAUCAGAUGAAUGCAAAAUGGGAGUCAGAUUUGUUGAUCACAAGUAUGAUUGCAGACAGAAUUGGACAACAAGAAGUCCUGUUACCAAUUAAUGGUAACCAUUUCAAUUAAAAAAAAAUACACCUAGAACAAAUA